GUUAAUGUUUUUUUAAAUAGAAACAAGCCUUUCUAUCGAAAAUAAGAUGUCGCGAUUGUGGAUACUGUUCAUUUUAUGUUCGUUACCAUACGGGUUCACUGUCAGAAAAAACUGUCAUUCACUAUGGAAACAGCUUGAAAGUUGCAUAUCUGGGAAAGGUAUAGAAGUGAAGUCAACACAAAGUAGAUCAAUAGCCUUUUCGGCAACACGGACGACAGACAUUACAUUGUCUUCCUUGCAAACACUGGUAUUUGACAAAGUUUACUUAAAUGAAGGCGGAGGAUACAAUGCACACACCGGUCUUUUUACUGCUCCUGUAAAUGGAAUGUAUUACUUUGCGGUUUCUUUCCUUGCAGUAAGAGGAACCACUCACUUAAUGUUGUUAAAGAACAAUCAUGAAGUCUCUCGUGGCUAUGGAAAUAGCCACGAUGAAACCGGGUCUAUUGUUUCGACUGUUCUAUUGAAAAGGGGAGAUAUCGUAAGAAUAGCUGAGAUGACUGGAAGAGGCCGUGAUAGAACUCGUGGAGAUGGUUGGAGUAGUUUUACUGGGUUUAAAUUUAACUGAAUUUUUUUUAGAUUAAACAAAUGAAGUUGAA